AUGGCGUCAGGCUACGACCGUGCUCUUUCCGGUAACCCCGACGGCCACGUCUUUCAGGUCGAAUAUGCUCUCGAAGCAGUCAAGCGAGGCACAUGCGCCGUGGGCGUAAAAGGCAAAGAUAUCGUGGUGCUGGGCUGCGAGAAGAGGUCAGCCAUGAAGCUGCAAGACACCAGAAUUACACCAUCAAAGAUCGGUCUUAUUGACUCUCACGUCUGCCUCGCCUUCGCCGGUCUCAACGCCGACGCUCGGAUAUUGAUCGACAAGGCGAGAGUCGAGGCGCAGUCACACCGAUUGACAGUCGAGGACCCUGUCACAAUCGAAUACAUCACGAAAUAUGUGGCCGGUGUCCAACAGCGAUUUACACAGAGUGGUGGUGUCAGACCCUUUGGUAUCAGUACUCUCAUCAUCGGCUUUGACAAGGGCGACAAGGAACCAAAGCUAUACCAGACCGAGCCCUCAGGCAUUUACUCCGCUUGGAAAGCAAACGCGAUUGGAAGAUCCAGCAAAACCGUCCGUGAAUUUCUCGAGCGAAACCACAAGGACGACAUGGACCGAGAAGCAACCAUCUCAUUGACCAUCAAGUCACUGCUCGAAGUGGUCCAGACGGGUGCAAAGAACAUUGAGAUAGCCAUCAUGGCACCUGGGAAAACCAUCGAGAUGCUUCCCUCGGAUCAGAUUGAACAGUACGUCAAGACGAUCGAGGCGGAAAAGCAGGAAGAGCAAGCAAAGAAGAAGCCGGGUGCCCGAGGCGCCGCGGCCUCUGCCACAUCCUCUCUUCCCACGAGGCCUGGGCCCGAAGGCGAAGGCGGAGCCGACGAGUGA